GCGAUUUGUGGCGCCGGGUUUAUACAAGUUACAGGCAUAUUGACAUUUAUAGCUACGGAUGCCUUGUGGACAAAAUGCUGAUUACUCAUAAUAUGACAAAUAUCGAUUAACUUCGUCUCAAAUGUCGAGCAAUGAUUGAUCCUGACCGUUUUAACGCGUGGAUAUCUGCUGCAGUUCAUCGUGGGGUUAAACAUCUUGAUUUAAACAUCUCCCCAGGCAAGUUCACUACUCGGCCGGCUGUUCUAUUUACUUGCAGGACAUUGGUUACUUUGAAACUGUGUAUGGAAUUUGAUUUUGUUUUGGAUGUUCCCAAGGGUGCUCACUUCCCGAAUCUAAAGACUAUUUAUCUUGAGGAAGUUAAUUUUUUGAAUGAUGAUUCAGUUAAAAGUCUAUUAUCCGGCUGCACCAGUCUUGAAGAUUUGGUGAUAGAGAAAUUUCUCAUGAGCAAUAUAAGCAACUUCAAUAUUUCACAUCAUUUGCUCAAGAGAUUGACUCUACUUUACACCUAUCAAAGUGACUAUGGUUGGAUAACGAUCGAUGCCCCAAAUCUAGUCUACCUGGAGUACGACGACGAAUUAGUAGCAGGGUAUUCACUGCAGAAUCUGCAAUCUCUUGUCAAAGCUGAUAUCGAUAUAUCCAACAGUCUUGAAAUUGAUGGAUCUACUUUUUUUAGAGGGAUUUGUAAUGUUCGUUCACUUAUUCUGUCGGAUACUUCUCUCGAGCUUCUUUUAAGCUGUGAACCGCUUCCUGUUUUUGCUAACUUGGUCAAAUUGAAGAUACAUUGUUCUAAUGAUCUACGCCCAUACUAUGAUCAAUGGGAAAAGGGACUUGAAACUUUACUCUCAAGUUUGCCUGAACUAGAAAAACUUGAGUUUAAUCAGGAAGCUCUCAUCUCUCUGCCAGAGAAAGUUCCUUCUUGCUUGUUGUCUAAACUCAAGUCCAUCAAAAUUUCAGGCUUUACAGAUGAAAGAGAUUGUAUUGGGAAGGCAAAGUAUUUCCUAAAGAAUGGUAGAGCUCUAGAGAAGUUGACUAUACGUACAGCAUUACGCUAUUCUGAAGAAAGAAAAUCGAAGAUAUCUAAAGUGUUGUCGGCUUCACCAUGGGAAUCAAAGCAUUUCUGCAUCUUUAUUUUUUGA